CAAUUGACGUGAUGGUUGGUGUUAUUGUAGAACUGUCAAAAUUGUGAAAAAAUACGACCGAAAAUGACCAAAAUGAAGAAUUGGCGGUGUUUUUUCAACAUCCUGGUCGUACUUUUGAGUCUCGUUGUCGAUUUUAGUGACACGCAGCUGGUUAUCAACGUCAGAAACCAGGGUGGUGACGUCGUACAAGAAAAUAUCUUCGCUAAUGUCACCGACGAUACAGUCAGCUUAGAAUUUCAAAGGUCAGAUGGGACCUUAAUUACUCAAGUUAUAGACUUUAGAAAUGAGGUGCAAAUUGUGAAGGCUCUGAUCUUGGGUGAGGAGGAGCGCGGCCAGAGUCAAUACCAAGUCGUAUGUUUCAUUUUCCAUUUCGACAAAGACUCCUUCAUAUCUUCUGACGCUAUGUCGAAAUUGCGUCAGAAGAACCCGGGUACGAUUCGAACACCCGAAGAGGACCUCGGCAGAACAAACUACACUAUGGAUUACACCGUCGUUUUGCCACACUCCGGUCUCAUCUCCCCCUUCAUCUCCGAUCUGUGUGCCGAAGCAGGCGAAGCGACUUACACGAGACACGCAGACUUGGUAUUAUGGGCAGCUGCUCAAGGCAUCCCGGAAACUACGUAUUUAACCGCCUUGAAAAAGUUCCCGUCGUCGGUGAACCACUUCAUGAGCAACAGCGUCGAAGACGACGUCCGUCCGAGCGUUUCAAGUUGCACGAACAUGAAAAAAAUGCGCUCGCCUUGUCAGUGUCAUUUAGAACUGUGCAUAGGUUGGUACCCUUGCGGUUUGAAAUAUUGCAAGGGUAAAGGUCAAUCGAAAAACUCAGUUAUGACAUACCGUUGCGGCAUCAAAACGUGCAGAAAGUGUCAUUUAUUCGCAUAUUACGUCGCGCAAAAACAACAAUGUCUGUGGGACGAAUGACCAACGUGAUGAACGACCAUCGCGGUAAUGCCUUAAUUGCUUUCAUGACAAGGACCAACAUGCCUUAGAGUAAUCUCUAGUUGUCGUAAAAAGUACUUCCAGACAAAACGGUUAUGAUUUUAUGUGCCAAAUUUGUGUUAUUGUUGUUGUUUUUGGGAGUUUUGUCCGGGAAGUCAGUUUUUAUACAAACCCCCCUGUAUAUACAAGGCGAACUUGUUACAAUCACCAGGUAUAUACAAGUGUUUAGCUCUAUGAAUGUAAGUAUUUCAUUUGCGACAGCCAAUCAUUGAUGUAAUUUUACCUACGCCGCUUCUAGUGUACCAUUUGUUUAAAUAAAUGUAUUUUUAAUAAAA